AUGUUUUCUGAAGACAUGAUGGAAUCUGAUUCCAGUGAAUCUUCCACAGAGCAUAUCAGUGAUGAAGCAUCACAAUCUGAACUUUCGGAGUUGGAAAUAUUAAAAGGUUUUCAUAAACGUGCGAGAAAGGAUCCUGAAGUGGCAAAACUUAAGAGAAAAUUAGAGUUUUACGAGAGGACUGGUACCACUUUAGGCUUCUUCCUACUUUCUUUACCCGUGCCGAGGAAAAAGAGAUCAGUGAUCAUAACACAGAAAGACAAAGGAAUUGAUUCUUCGGAACAAGAUACAAGAUGCUUCAAAUGGAUGAAGCCUAUAGUAUGUGAUAUUGGUAGUACUUCAAACCAAGGUAAGUUGGAUAAAGAUAAGGAGAAAAAAGAGGAAAGAAAGGAACGAAGGAGAAAAGGAAGUCGCAAAAAGAUGAAAGUCCCAGUUCCACGACAGCUGGUUCCGGAGGUAGAGGAGGAACCUCCCAUGCCAGAAAGAUUGAGAGCUAUUGUUGAAGAAAAGAAUGGCUUGGAUAUAACAUUUGUUAUGCAAAAAGCAUUAACAUCGACAGAUUUAGCCCAACAAAACAAUCGUCUUUCAUUACCAAGGAAACAAGUCAAGAAUCAUAAUUUCCUUACUAAUGAAGAGAAUGACAUACUUGAUGCGAAGACCCAUAAUGCGAUAAGCAUAGAAUUGAUUACACCAUCUGGCAAUCCUGUCGAGUUGACAUUAAAGAAAUGGAGAAUGAACAGUACCUUCGUGUAUAAUUUCAUUGGUGCUUGGUUUAAGAAGGUCGUCAAUGACAAAAGCAAUGGAUUAGAAGUUGGAAAAAAGGUUAGACUCUGGUCGUUUCGAAGAACGUCAAAGUUGUCUUUUGUUUUAGAUUGUAAUUAA